AUGGAUCGACGACGUCGCACUUCAGCAACAGAACUUUAUCUUAAGAGUCUCGAAGAAGCGAAGGAAUUCAAGGAGAAGCGCCAACUAUUCUACAACAAUCUAAGAUUCUUUUAUAAAAGGAAGUGGUAAGGUUAUUUUAAGUGUGUUGAUUGCUCAAUUUUAGGAACGCCAACCUUACUGUUCCCUUUAUAAACGGCAUUCCUGUUGAUCUGUUUCUUUUAUAUGACACAGUCAGCAAUCUUGGGGGAUCCCAUAGAGUAACAAGUCUCGAGAAAUGGGGAGAAGUUGCCAAGGAUGUCCUGGGAUAUGGUGAAAAUUCGGCCGGAGGAGAUUACUGCGCAAAAUUGCUUUUUGUAAGAUAUCUAAGCAAGUUCGAGCAAUGCGAAUUAGUCGGAGACGUGGAUGAUAAUGAACCUGAGCUGAGUUCAAGGUCACGAGUCAGAGGAUACACAAGUUUUGUCUCUUCUGAAUGUCCUACCAACACUACUAAGAGAAGUAAGUCAUAAAAGUUAUAAUUUUAACCUGCUUUAGAUUUGGUUGAAGACGAUGGAGGUUAUGAUCGGAUAGUGAAGGGCUUCUGCAGUCGUCUUCCCAACGAAAUCGAUUUCUGUGUGAAUCUAUGCACAAUAUUAUCUGCCCCAGGACCUCACUCUUUGCAAAUCGAGACCUUCCCUAGCAUUAUUAAUCUAUUGCUUGCUCAUAUUGGAAUCUUUGAUGAAACGUCGGAGUACCUUGAAGCUGAAUUCAAAGAGUUUGAGAAGAAAUUGAAUAGAGACUUUGACAGAUUUUGGGCAUCGUUGGGGAUUGUGGACCCAGAAGUUUUAAAUAUGUUACGCGAUCCGCCUGGAAAGGAAGUGACUUCUGAAGAUAUUGCCGUAUUCCCAGCCCUGAGACAGGUCAAAAUGGGGGACAAGGAGUUCAAGAUUCACGAAUUGAGAGUGAAUCAGGUCCUCAAUAUAUUCAGAAACUUGUCUUUUGAAGAUUUGAAUCGUGUAGCGCUGGCUACAUCUUCAGUUCUUGUCAGGUAAGUGUUUUAGUUUUCAUUCUUCAACGGUGUUAAUGCUUUUUAUUGCUUUAGAUUUUUGACAAUAUGCAUUGCCUCCGACCAUUAUCCGUUAAGAAAUGCGGCUCUGGAUACUCUGGGGGAGCUUGCGAACAAUGUAAGUUUUGUUAUAAAGCUAAACUGAUUUCUGUUUUAGGUGAAUUUGACAGAAAGUUUUAUGGAGAGUUAUACUUAUGUCGUUCUCCGGCAUAUAAGAUCUUUCUUCUUCGCCGAUGACAGAUUUCUCAUUGUUCGAGCUGCGGAAGCUACCGGCGGGUUUUGUAAUGUAAUGGAUAACGAAGCCAUCUUGUGUGACUUCUUCGAUACCGAUCUUGCAGAACGAUUCAGGGAUCUAAUGACCAUCCAAGAUGUUCUUAUAUCCAGUCAUAUUUUAGAGUCGCUUUACUUGGUAAGUUCAAUUAUCUUUUGAUCAUCUGAAUUCGUCGAUCUAUAUUAAUCCUCUCAUUCAGAUGUCUGAGACAGGAAAGACAAUGUGCGAUAAGAUCUGUAACACCCCUCUGAUGCUGCCGACCUUAUUGAAUUUCACUACCGUUGAAGGAAAUAAAUUCACAUUUUCAAAUCUUCAAGGAGUGAAAGUGGUAGAAUAUCGAGACGAGUCUGAAAGAACGCAACCACCAAUGCAGCCUGUAGGAUAUUAUUUUAUGUUUUAUAUUUGCUGUAUUUUCGUUUUAAUUAACAAUAUUUUAGUAUGCAAUAAGAACACCGAUUGCCACCUCGGCUCCCCAAACUCUCCAAACCCGAAUUGUCUCUUCUGUUCAACAGAUACCUACUACACCUUAUAGGCCGCAUAUUGUGGUCAAUUCUAAGGGAGAGUAUCCUCUCCCUCUUCCCAAGACUCCUUUGACCGCCCAGCUGUCGAAGCCUGCCGAAAUGAGCUCUGAAUUAAGAGUGGAGCACUAUUCAAAGAUAUGGAUUCGUCAAAAUUGUCAAGCUGAUCCUAAUGGAAUGGUUGAUCGUGGAGAUAUUUAUGCCGCUUAUGUUGAACACUUCCGGAAUACCCAUAAGAUAUUAUCUUGUUCAUUGCUUAACUUCUGUAAAUUCAUUAAGUAAGCGCCGUCGAUAUCGAUCUAAACUUUUUUUUAGGGAUAUAUUUCCUGCUGUCGACAUCAAAAAUAAUCCAGAAACGAGGACAAUGUGCAUUGAGGGGAUUCGCUUCCUAAGGAAAGAAGUCAGAGGUAAGAUUUGGAUUGUGUUUUUAUAUUGUUGAGGACAGGAUUUAAUCUCUUAUCUUUUUAAAGGGACAAAUCAGACAAACAAAACUACGCGAAGUCUGGAGUCCAACGAAAACAUUGCCCCCGAAAAGGUAGUAAAGAAGGAGCCCUCUGAUGAGGUUGGUUGUUUUCCGUGGCCUUAUUUUGUUUCUAAUUUCGUUUACGCUUGUUCCAUUUUCAGAGGUGUAAUGGUGUAGUUAACAAUAAGCCCUUAUGUAAUGGCUUGAGUGAAGUGAAAAAAGAGGCCAACGGACAAUGCAAUGGAUUGAUCACUCCCAAAACCGAGGUUGUGGAGAAUGGAAAUGGGAAAGUGAACGGAAUUGAACACAAGGAGAACGACGGUUUAUCCGAAAAAGACUCGGAUACACACGAGGAAGAACUUGAAGGCCCACAUACAAGUGUGGAUCAUGAAGAGAUUGUGGAGACCUCCGAGUCUAUCGAGAUCAACGGAAAGGAAGAACUUUUAGAAGAUCUUGAGGAAGAUCAUAAGGACGGGGAAAUGAUCUCAGGGGAGAAUAAGGAGGCGCCGACGGAGAACGGAGCCUCCAAACUUCCCGAUGAGAACGGAACAGCGAAACCAGCAAAGGAACAAACUGUCAAAGAGCAUCUGGAACAGAAAGAAAUCCUCAACGGACUGAUCAAGAAAAACAAACGGCCUUCGGAUGAGGUACUCCAGAACGGAAGUCCCACCAAAAAACAAAAAACUCUGAAGAAGAAGAGCAAUGGAAUCGAUUCCGUGAUUGAAGAUGGAACGGAUACUCCGUCCACGUCUGCUACAAUAUCUCCUUCGAAGAUGCCUCAGUUUAUGUGCGAAUGGGAUGUCUGCACCCGGUACUUCCAUAACGGGCAGGCGAUGAUUUAUCACGUUCUUCAUGAGCACUUGGAACAAGUUGAGCAAUCAUUGACGUUAUGUAGAUGGCCUGGUUGUGAAAGAACACCAAGAUCACGGUGGUCUUUAAUCACACAUCUUCAAGAUCAUCACUGCAAUGACGCUGUAUUGAGCAAUGCACAGAGGAAACGGAAAGAAAUGGGAGAAAUGAAUUAUAUCGCCCAGAUGAAGAAGUUGGUGGAGACCGAGACCCCGGCCACAAAUCAUGCCGGAUAUUCGAAAUUCGCUGCUUAUGAUGCCAUUCGAAGACAUGCGUUUAAUUUUAUGAGCAAAGAGUUUACUGUAAGUUCAUGUUUAAAUAGAUAAAUGGUUAAUUUCAGGAUGAACCUGAAGGACCAGUGACAAAGAACCUCCGAUUAACAAGUUGUCUUAUACUUAGAAAUAUGGCUACCCAUUCGAUUGAUUGUCGAAGGUAAGGGUUGAUAUUGUAUUCUAUUUUUAGCAUAUAUAUUUUAUUUGAUAAGGAAAGUACUUUUAUGAGCGCUCUUACUUUUAGACGGGAAAUAUCUCAAAAAAUACGUAAAAUUAUGCUGACUAAGAAUAUGUAAAAAAUAGCUGCUCAAUUUUGGGUUUUAGGGGUGAAAAAUCAGUCGCAAGUUGACUUGACCUGUAUAGACCCUUUCCGCACAAUUUUCCCCAUGUUUACAAAUUUUAUUUCAGCUUAAAGUGAUGUUUCUUUUUUGGGCACGCUCGACCCUUAAACCUAAAAUUGGGCUGCUAAGCUUUAUAUAUUCUUGAUCAGCACAAUUUUUCGGAUUUUUUAAGAUAUGUGUGUCCCGUCUAAAAGUAGGAGCACCCAUAAAAGUACUUUCCCUGUUAGUAUUAUAAGGUCCUAAUUGUUUGAUUAUAGGAAAAUACGGAGAUACGAAGGUUUCUUUUCUUACCUCGCUAUGUCACGUAUGGAAAGCAGCACGGCUGUGGCCCAACUUCUUGGUGCUCUCAACAAUGUGGAAGCUUGA